CCAAUUCAACUCUUCACGACUUUUUGUUACUCUUCCCUUUUCUCUGCUUGUCUGCUUCCCUUCUCUCUCUUUUCUGUCCUUCUUUUACCUCUCAGCCAUCAUUGCACCCUCUAUCUUUUCUUCAAUUCCAUCCUUUCGUUAACUUUUGCUCUUCUAUUCGCUCGUUACAUUUACCACUGUCGCUACCCCUUUCCGACCAUUGUUCCAACACUUCGUAUUCGACCAACCCCUUCGUUUUGUACAGAUUCCACGAGAACAGAUUCGUAGGAUUGAAACUCCUCCGACUUCCAAUCCACCAACUGCCUACCUUCCUUCGACUGUGCUGUCCUUGGACCUGGUCCUGAGGACACCAAACCUGGAGCCCCAUAUGCUCACAAUGCAGAGUCAAGACGUGUUUGCAGGAGGAUUUGGCAAUCGAUUUACGCCUUCAAAAUUCGGGACAGAUAAUACUGGCUUCAGCCAUGGCGCGUAUCAUUCGAAUCAGACGCCCUUUCGUGGCGGAUUUGGGGACCGCAACCAGCGGAAGGCCACCAUGCCUGCUCUAGCCACUACCCCCAAGGAGCAGCCACAGUAUAAUCCCAAUGAGCAAACACCUGGAGGCACUGCUUUCGAUAUGAAUUUCACCCCACUAUUGCCUUCGCAACUUCUGCUCGGCAGUCCUUUUCAACCAGGCUCUCCUAAUGCAUUUUCGUCACCGCAAUUUCCAGGCUUCCAUCGUUUCCCUCAACCAACCAAUGCUCUCCACCAACAGACGCAGCAGUAUCAUCAAAAUCAACAAGCUCAUCUCGGUAGCCCUACUCAGAUGCAUGCUCAACCUUUGUCCCCUCAAGUAUUUCACCCUGUCAUGUCCACUGACGGCUACGCGGCACAAUCGCCAACCGGCUUCUCCGCCUUAGGUGGUGCCGCAUUUGGUCAUUAUCCGCCGAUGCUGGGAAUGGGCCAGUCCUGGAUGUCAAGCACCAGCCGUACCGUGUACCUGGGAAACAUUCCAGCAGACACAUCUGCCGAAGAAAUCUUGGGUCAUGUCCGCAGCGGUCAGAUUGAGUCGGUUCGAAUGCUGCCAGAGAAGAAUUGUGCAUUCAUUUCGUUCCUCGACAGCAGCUCAGCCACUCAUUUCCACUCGGACGCGAUACUGAAGAAGCUAUCGAUCAAAGGCCAUGACAUCAAGAUCGGCUGGGGCAAGCCGUCCUCCGUGCCAACCUCUGUCGCUCUUGCUGUGCAACAAUCUGGAGCCUCCAGGAAUGUCUACCUGGGCAAUUUGCCUGAAGACAUCACCGAGCAGGAGAUUCGGGAAGAUUUGGGCAAAUUCGGACCCAUUGACACCAUUAAGAUGGUUCGGGAGAAGAACAUUGGUUUUGUCCAUUUUCUCUCUGUUGGCAAUGCCAUCAAAGCGGUCGCUCAGCUUCCUCAAGAUCCCAAAUGGGGUCCCCCUCGUCGCGUCUUCUAUGGCAAAGAUAGAUGUGCCUAUGUCUCCAAAACUCAACAACAGAAUGCUGCUCAAUAUCUUGGUAUCGCUCCCGGCUAUGCACACGUACUCAAUGGCGCUGACCGUGACUUGAUCUCCAACGCUCUUGCACAGCAGUCGGUGGCGGCUGCCGCUGUGGCCACUACCGCCGGUGGUGUCAACAAUCUUGGGAACCGUACGGUAUAUCUCGGGAACAUCCACCCCGAGACCACUAUCGAAGAAAUUUGUAAUGUGGUUCGAGGAGGACUUCUCCAUCAUAUCCGGUACAUUCCAGACAAGCACAUCUGCUUUGUGACUUUCAUUGAUCCUACAUCCGCUGCCUCAUUCUAUGCAUUGAGCAACCUGCAAGGUCUAAUGAUCCACAACCGGCGACUCAAGGUUGGCUGGGGCAAGCACUCUGGCGCACUGCCGCCCGCCAUCGCCCUGGCCGUCAGUGGAGGAGCAUCUCGCAAUGUCUACAUUGGCAAUCUUGAUGAGAGCUGGAGCGAAGAGCGACUGAGACAGGACUUUUCCGAAUAUGGCGAAAUCGAGCUUGUGAACACCUUGCGGGAGAAGAGCUGUGCAUUUGUCAACUUCACCAACAUCGCAAAUGCCAUUAAGGCGAUCGAGGCGAUCAGAGGGCGAGAGGAGUACAAGAGAUUCAAGAUCAAUUUCGGCAAGGAUCGAUGUGGAAAUCCUCCGCGCCAGAACAUGGCCAACGUUAACGGCAACCAAGGUCGAUACCAAGGUACCAACGAUGGUAAUAUCUCGCCUGGAGCGAUGAACGGCUUCGAGCAUCCAGUGUCACAGUCUGGCUCCAGCCCAACAAGGUCGACCAUCCCCGUCGGUCCCAAGGCAAUGGCGUCCCAACCUCAAGCUCAGCGUCAACAGAGCCUUCCUGUCCCCACACCUUCUGCGAUACUGAAUGCUGGCAACAACAACCCUCUCACGAUGUACUUGUCCCAUGUUUCCCAACAGCAAGCUCAGGCUGAGCAGGAUAUGCGGGACGACGGCUUGUCAUUCUCCACGUUGCAACAGCAACAAAAUCAAGCCCUUGCAACUCAGCAGGCAGCGCUGUUCGGUGAGAUGCCCAACGGUCACAGCGGACUCGAUAUCGCGGCUCCGGCACAUGUUGCUCGACAGGGCAGCAUCAGUGGAGGCUUUGGGUCGAAUCCACUAAGCAACGGCACAUCAACCACAAUUGGUGGUCUGCUUGCUCCUACCAAUACUGGGUUGGGAGCCAGCAGAAGUGCACACUCACGCGCUGUGUCACUCCCAGCAUUCUCCCAAGAGAUCUUCGGCGGGCAACCAUCUACGCAGCAGGGUCCUUCAUCGUCGCGUGGGUUCGGCGGCCACGCGCCCCAGGGUAGCUUUGGCGGAUUUGGAUCAGCCUUUGGCACUGGCUUUGGCACCAGCGGGUUCAACGGUCUUGGACUCACGAGUGAUACUCGCGGAGCUCUCUCUGGCUGGGCUGAGGAGGAGAUUGGAGCAAAAUAAGUGAUACCUAAUUACGUUUCUUUUUUUCUGUCUGGGUUCGGGUCCGGGAAUGUUCUUGAUUUUUAAAUGAGGUUCGGGUCAUUUAAGAGAUAUUGUUGUUCUAAUACUCUGGGUUUGGAAGUACAGGCUUUGAUGGCGACAAUUUUCGGCCUUCUGCUGCAGCUUGGAUCUGCGCAUUGUCUUAUUAUUGUGGCAUUCAAGAACGAACCCGCGGGUCGCACCCACGUUAUAUUUGGAUUGUAUACAUAUGCGGUUCUGGACAGGAGCAGCAGAAGGCGAGGAUGAGCAUGACUUGAUUCGGAGAGAUGAUUUCAGGGUAAUAUAUUGUACCUCUGAGGAUGCGCAAAAAUGUUGGGGGGAAGGGAGCCUUUCCGGGUUCACCGGGUUCUAAGCAAUAAGAUUGAACUUUUGAGUAGCACAUUUCGGAUUGAAGUGAUCUACAGCUAAUCGGUGGAAUAUGCCACACGUACCAUCAGGGGACGGUGAUUGUUUGGGAUGUUGACAUUGCUUGACGAGAUGGGCGCGGACGUUAGAUACCACGGCCAGAACACGAGGGUGACAGGGGGUUGAUCACGAGA